AUGACGCCCAGAUUCCUCAAAAGUCUUCUUCAGUCAGAGAAGCACCUGGGUACUGCUGAGGACGAAUUGGAGGGUGAAGACAUCUCUGGACCAAAGGACAAAACUUCUCCAUCUAUUCAGGUUCUCGCAUCCCCUUUGAGGGACAGAAACAUGGCUCCUCACCUCAGCAUAAGCAGGAGUCGGAUGUGGCAGCGGGUGUUGCCAGGGUGUUUAGCACAUACACUUCUCUUUGUGCUGCUGUAUGCACCAGCUCUCGCUCAGCUGGAUUUGAACAGAUUAGAUGGCGACACAGUGUGCCCCACCAUGAAGAAUGGACAAGACGACCUUCCAGGGUUUGAUCUGAUCACACAGUUUCAAUUAGAUGUGAUCCCAAUGAGAGGUGUCAGAAAGGUAGAAGGUUCCACUCCCCUCCAGGUGGCAUACAGACUCGACCGUGAGGCUAACUUCCAGAUUCCAACCAGGCUGAACUUUCCAAGGGGAUUCCCGGAUGAAUAUUCUUUCAUGACCACCUUCCGCAUGAUAAAGAACACUGUAAACAAGGUGUGGAACAUCUGGCAAGUGGUGGAUGAAGAUGGUUUGAAGCAGGCAGGUAUGCGUCUCAACGGAGACCAACAGGCUCUGGAGUUCUUCCUCACGACGAUGGAAGGAGAUCUCCAGACCGUCACCUUUCCGGGUCUUUCUGUGCUCUUCAAUACCAAAUGGCACAAGGUGAUGGUCGGUGUGGAGAAGGAACUGGUGACGCUGUAUGUGGACUGUCAACCGGUAGACCAGAAACCCAUCAAGAGGAAAGGUUACGUCAACACGGAGGGAGACACUCUGAUUGGACGACUGGAUUCUGAUCCCAACACAUCUGUUGUGUUUGAGUUGCAGUGGAUGCUGAUUCACUGUGACCCAAAGAGAGCCCAGAGAGAAAGCUGCACUGAACUUCCUCUGACUGAGAUGUAUGCCAAUGCUGAGCCAGACCCCAAGCCAAUCCCUGGUCCCCCUGGCCCUGAGGGUCCCAAAGGGCCUCGCGGACCCCCAGGAGAGGAUGGUCAAGAUGGGAGAGAUGGUGUUCCAGGCAUCCCAGGAACUCCAGGAGCGCAGGGCAGUAAAGGAGACAGGGGUGAGAUUGGACUUCCAGGACAGAGGGGACUGCAGGGGCUGCCGGGGCCAGUGGGAUCUAUGGGCCCCAUGGGGCCACGAGGACCAGUGGGAGAAAGAGGUCUUCCUGGUUUCCCUGGACCUGCUGGACCCCCUGGACCAGAGACUGUUGGACCUCCAGGAAUUCCAGGGAAGCCCGGAACUCCAGGGGAUGAAGGAAACAUCGGACCAGAGGGCCCUCCUGGACCAAGAGGCAUUAAUGGGCUCCCAGGACCCCCGGGGCUCCCAGGACCACCAGGACCCGCAGGGCCUCCCGGUGCUGGAAAUCCUGAGGGAAGUGGGGAGACCUGUCAGGCUACAUGCCCGGCUGGACCUCAGGGACUGCCCGGUCUGCCAGGGAUGAAGGGACACCGCGGCCUGCCUGGAGUGGACGGCGUUCCAGGUACUCAAGGUGACAAGGGAGAGCGAGGAGCCGCUGGAGAGCCAGGUCCUACUGGACGCCCAGGAGAAGAUGGUCAGCGAGGUCCAAUUGGAUUUCCUGGAGCUCAUGGGGAUAAAGGAGAUCGGGGUCCUCCAGGAUUUAACGGUAUCCCAGGACCAACAGGACCACCAGGAUCUCCAGGUGUUGAAGGCAUCAGAGGGCGACAGGGACAUCCUGGACCUAAAGGAGAUGAUGGUGCGAUCGGAGCCCCAGGCGAGAAAGGUGCUACUGGUGCCAAGGGUGACACUGGUGAGCCAGGAAAGCAUGGUUCUGAUGGAGCACCAGGAGCUCUGGGAGAAAAGGGAGAGCCAGGGCUGCCCGGAGCCAUCGGUGUCAGAGGAAUUGUAGGAAUUCCCGGUUUGCCAGGAAAACAAGGACUCGUGGGGCCUGCAGGUCAAAAGGGUGAAACUGGCGCUCAAGGACCGACUGGUCCAAUUGGGCUUCCUGGUAAAGAUGGUGCAGCUGGACCCGCAGGAGAAGAUGGAACUCCAGGAGCUAAAGGAGCCACUGGUGAAUCAGGAAAACAGGGUCCCGUCGGCCCCGCAGGGCCACCAGGAAUAGAGGGAGAUAAAGGUGACCAGGGACUUAUGGGUCCUCGUGGAAUCAAAGGUCACACGGGUCAUAAAGGAGACCAGGGUCCGAUUGGUCCAGUUGGUCCUAAAGGAAGUGAGGGCGAUCCAGGUAUUGCGGGAGAACCAGGCGUGAAGGGUGAUCAGGGGCCUCCUGGGAUUCCUGGCACCAAAGGAGAGAGUGGAGAGAAAGGCCAAAGAGGAGCUACAGGUGCUGAUGGUCGUCCAGGACAGCCAGGCCAUGAGGGUCUGACCGGCCCCCAGGGGGCGAGAGGUCUGGAGGGGGAGAGAGGACUGAUGGGACCCCCUGGUCCCAGAGGUCUACCUGGCCCCAAAAUGAGUGACGAGAAGAUUCGUGAAAUGUGUUCAGCUAUUGUUGAAGAACAUUUAGAUGCCUAUAAGAAAGAACUGGCCAAGAAGCCUCUAUCUCUUGGGGCUCCUGGAACUCCAGGACCCAUGGGGCCACCUGGACCCCCCGGACCAGCAGGGGCUGCAGGAGAGGCCGGACCCAAAGGUCCUGUGGGCCCCAAGGGGCAUCCAGGAUACUAUGGCCUUCCUGGAAAACCAGGAGCCAAAGGCGAUGCAGGACUAAAAGGGGAUAAGGGAGAUAAUGGAAUUGGAAUUCCAGGAAUUCCGGGAGAACCCGGACCACAAGGACCAGCUGGCAAGCCUGGCAUUGGUAAGGAUGGUGCCAACGGUGCCAGAGGAGAAGCAGGUGUACCUGGAACCCCUGGUACCCCUGGCGCAAGAGGACCCCCAGGCACCCCUGGUCUCUGUGAUCCUUCAACCUGCUUCAGGCCUCAACCGCUUUAUCUGGUUGGUGGGAAAAAGUCAGUGAACAUCAAGGGUCCAUGAACGGAAACAUAGAAACCUUCUAGAAACCUUCAUCACAUUCAUCGGGAACACAGAGGCUGUCAAUUUCCGAUAAACUUGAAGAGACUUCACAUGGUGCCAUGGCAACAACGAGUAAACAAACAAGCAGUUGUAUAGAGACAUACGUAUGGAUGCAGUUUUAAUGAUGGAUACAAUUCAUAUGGUUAUUGUGCCUUGUACAUAAUCUAGAAUGGAAGGGAAGAAAAUAUAGAAAAAGUGUGUUUGAUCUUUCAGAGGGUUUAAAGGGGUUUUGCAGACAAAUAAAUAAAAUGAUAGGAAAUUGAAUUUUUGGGCCACUAGGAAAUAUGAUAAAAUCAUUUGAAAUGAUGAACAUUUUCAACCAAUGCUGAACUAAUUUGCAGACCAUAAAGUGUCAUACAAGUCCAUUUUUGCAUGUUUUUUUUUUUUUUUUUUUUUUUUUUUUGUUUAUUUGUUUUUUAAAAUAAAAUGUGAUUGUAAAGACUGAUUUUAGUCAUGGUGCCAGAAAUUAAG